CAGAGGCUGUGAGCCUCUGUGAUACAGAUGUCUUUGGAGAAGGUACUGCUGCCAGAACAGGCAGCCCGCUGGACAGCAGAGACACUUGCUGGAAAGUACUGGUUGCACCUGACCUUUGAGUGCCACAAAGGUGAGGGCUACCAGGCCCCCUGCACAUGGAUCUACUGGGUGGCAGUUGGAACACAGCUCACUGCAAGAAGGAAGUCAACUUUGACCAUUUUCAGAUUCUGCGGGCCAUUGGGAAAGGAAGUUUUGGAAAGGUGUGUAUUGUGCAGAAGCGCGACACCAAGAAGAUGUACGCCAUGAAGUACAUGAACAAGCAGAAGUGCAUUGAGCGUGACGAGGUUGGCAACGUCUUCCGGGAGCUGCAGAUCAUGCAGGGGCUGGAGCACCCCUUCCUCGUCAACCUGUGGUACUCCUUCCAGGACGAGGAGGACAUGUUCAUGGUGGUGGACCUGCUCCUGGGGGGGGACCUGCGCUUCCACCUGCAGCAGAACGUGCAUUUCACUGAAGGGGCUGUGAAGCUCUAUGUCUGCGAGCUGGCACUGGCCCUGGAGCACCUGCAGAGGUGCCACAUCAUGCACAGAGACAUAAAACCAGACAACAUCCUGCUGGACGAGCACGGUCACGUCCACAUUACAGACUUCAACAUCGCCACAGUAGUGAAGGGAGCAGAGAAGGCCUUCUCCAUGGCUGGCACCAAGCCUUACAUGGCCCCAGAAGUGUUCCAGGUGUACGUGGAUGGAGGCCCCGGGUACUCUUACCCUGUCGACUGGUGGUCCCUGGGUGUCACAGCCUACGAGCUCCUGCGGGGCUGGAGGCCAUAUGAAAUCCACUCAGCCACACCCAUUGAUGAGAUCCUCAGCAUGUUCAAGGUGGAACGAGUCCACUACUCUUCCGUGUGGUGCAGGGGGAUGGUGACCCUGCUGAAGAAGCUCCUGACCAAGGACCCUGAGAGCCGCCUGUCCAGCCUCCAUGAUAUACAGAGUGUGCCCUACUUGGCUGACAUGAACUGGGACGCCGUGUUCAAGAAGGCAUUGAUGCCUGCCUUUGUGCCCAAUAAAGGGAGAUUGAAUUGUGAUCCUACCUUUGAACUUGAAGAAAUGAUUCUAGAAUCCAAGCCACUUCACAAAAAGAAGAAGAGAUUGGCAAAGAAUAGGUCCAAAGAUGGCACAAAGGACAACUGUCCUCUGAAUGAACAACUGCAGCAGUGUUUGGAGACCGUACGGAAGGAAUUCAUCAUAUUCAACAGAGAGAAGCUCCAGAGGCAGGAGAGCCAGGGCAGCCAGCCCUCCCACAUAGAAGGCCGAGCUGGGGGCCAGGCCCAGGGCAAGCUCCAGGAUGGGGGCAACAACAACAUCCUUGGCCACACCUGCUCCCGCAGCUGCAGAAGCUAAGCCCCUGCCUGCAGCUGUCUGAUGGGACUGCACACCUCUCUGCCCUUACCACCCAGAGCCCCUCUCUCACCCCUGACAGCAUCAAAUGCAGAAAGAGUCUUGGCCUUGGAGUUGGGAAGCCUGAGUUCUGGUCCCUAUCCCUGACUGAUUUAAUGUGUGACCUCAGACAAAUCAUGCCCUCUCUGUGCCUCAGUUUUCUGCAGCUGUCAAAGGGUUGGACAUCUCUGCCCCACAUCAAAUCACAAGAGUAUUGUGAGAAUCCAAUUAGGUAACAGACAUGAAAAACCUUUGGUAUUUACAAAAUCAUUUAUACUUGCAAAAUACAACCUUAACAUUGAACGUGCACUCCCAUCUCCAAAAGAGUUAGACCAUCACAACUUUGAGGUUUUGAAAAAUACAGCCCCAUGAGCAAAGUAAAUGCCUGACACUCUUGCCCCUCCUGUGGGAACACCUGUCUCAAAUCCUGUAGCAAAACCUGAAGCAUCCUGAUUUGCAUUCUCUGCUAGACUGCGGUUUUUCUGGCCUUCUAAGACAGCGCAGCAUGCAGAUAGAAGACUGUCCCUAUCUAUCAAUUCUGGCAGCCUCCACCUCCACCCACCCCUGGAGCUGGGACAGCAGCAGGUGCACAUUCAGACUACAGCCGGUCACUGAGCACUGGACACCCUUACAUCAGCGCUCCCUGAAAGCCCAGCCCUGCAGCCGGCCUCUCAGCAUCUCUCAGGUCUCCUCUCUCGAGAAGGGUGUGUAAAAUCAACUUGUCAGUGUCACCUUGCAGAGGGUGCGUGACCACCAUUGAUGGGGUGUCUCCUUAUUUGUAAAUUAGAAAGCAUAGGUGCUUACAAAGUUUAUUUCAGGAGGAAAGUGGUCUCACACAAAAAGCCAAUUAGUACUUUCUGAUGGUUCAGGGUGAAGCUUGCCUUUGAAUUAGGAGACUACCACACAGCGGGUGAGGCUGAGACUUUACAGUUCCGCUGGUGUUCAGAAUCCAGCCCUGCUGGGACUCACCAGAAGACCUUGGGCAAGGCAUCUGAUCACUCUCUUUCCUCAAUUUUUUUUUUAGAUAAGAAUAAUAAAACCAACCUUGCAGGGUUGUUACAGGGUUAGCUAGGAUUCCUGGACGUGGUGCACUCAGUGCCUUGGACAGCUCUUUGAAUAGCAGCCUUUCCUAUCAACGGCAUUGCCAUCAUUCUUUGGAGAUACUUUGUUAUUCCAGCUGUGUAGCAGGUAACUUCUGUGGAAAAAAAAUUCAUAUUUAGGAUUCUUUUAACUGUUUUUCCAGGAGUCUUUGAUGUCUCUAUGUCCUGUUGAAGUUCCAUUUUGUUUUGAUUUUUUUCAUCCAACUACCAUUUUUCACUUUUUACUUGAUAAUCCUUGCAGCUGCCAAUGUCAUGUUAGAUUCUUAAGGGACAUUUUAAUAUACGAUGAGGUUUUAUUUUUUUUUUUCAAAAAGGAAGUAAUCAUUUCUUUCCUCCUUUUAACUGAGGCGAUUUCUAGAUUGUGUUGAACACAUAAAUCUGCUUGUUUUGCACACAUUUUAGUCUUUAUUUCCUCAGCAGUACCAUCCUGUCCCCACCUACAGGAAAUAACAGGGCUUCUCAGCUCCUCACUACUACCCUGGAAGCUUCUAGGAUGCCUUACUGGGCUGAGUUCAUGAAUUAGGGGCAGAAGCUGGAAGCAGCUCCAGGAACACUGGAUUUCCUGGCUCUGUUCAAGUUGUUGUUCCUUGUUCAGAAUAAA